AUGCUUGCUCACUCAAACCAAUCAAGUAAAGCUUUUACCUCAGCAGGCGGCUCGUUGGCUGUUGCUUGCUCCAACGAGCCGCCUGCUGAGAUGUCCUCUGAGAAAGUUAACCAGCAUGAGGCUGAGAGCUUCAGAAAGCUCGCCGUUUUCGGCAUUGCCUUGAGCACUGCCGCCACUCUUACUGCUAUCAUCAUCAUCCCGGCUCUUUACAACUAUAUGCAACAUGUGCAAUCAUCUCUCCAAGACGAUGUUGACUUCUGUGUGCAUCGCGCUGAUGGACUCUGGGGAGAGUACGCCAAGUAUGAGGCUGCUCAUGGAGCUCAAGGACGUCUGAAGAGAGACGCUGUUCACCGCAGCUCUGGCCGCUCUGGUGCUCGUCGUCGCCCAGUUGCUCGUGGAGCUGCCUCAUAUGGUGGAGAUGCCGGAUAUGGAGCACCAGCACCAACUGACAUGGGAAUCUCUGGUGGAAGCUCCGAGGGAGGAUCGUGCUGCUCGUGUGGAACUGGUGACGCCGGACCACCAGGACCACCAGGACCUGAUGGAAACAAUGGAAAUGAUGGACAGCCUGGAGCUGAUGGAGAGCAUGGACCUGAUGGAGAGGCUCCUGGAAAUGGAGGAGCUGAUGAGGGUUGCCAGACUUGCCCUGAUGCCCCUGCUGGACCCGCUGGAAAUCCUGGACCAAAGGGACCCAAUGGAAACCCUGGAUCUGAUGGACAGCCUGGAGGCCCAGCCCAGCCUGGACCCGCUGGACCACCUGGACCAGCUGGACCACCUGGACAAGACGGACAACCAGGACAAGAUGGACAACCAGGACCUGCUGGACAACAACAAACCAUUCCCGGACCACCAGGAGCUCCAGGAGCCGCUGGACCCCCAGGACCCGCUGGACCACCCGGACCCGCUGGACAACCUGGAUCAUCAACUGAUGGACCACCAGGACCAGCUGGAGAUGAUGGAAAGCCUGGACAACCUGGCUUGGCUGGACAACCCGGUCAACCUGGAGAUGCUGGAGGCGAGGGUACUGGAGGCGGAUGUGAUCACUGCCCUCCCCCAAGAACCGCUCCAGGAUAU